UCCCUUCCUUCCCCGGUGACCUCACAGAGGGCCACUUCACCCCGGUCCGGGCCGCCCUUUGGCCGGGCUUGGCUGGGCAUGCGCCGCCAUGGCUGACCGCUCAGACUCCCGGGAGUCCGACAACAACAGCUGGGUGAUGGCCGGAUCGGAGGCCCUUCCCGUGGAAGAGCUUCGCUCCGAAGAAACGGCAGAAGUCCCGACAGAGGACCCUUCGCCCACCCAGAGGCAGCAGGGUAAGCGGAGGCAAACCAAUCGUCAUCAUUACUAUUGUUGUAUCACACAGGUGGCAGUAAUCUGUGCUUUGGAAUAUUACAAUCCCCUUGCAGGUGGGCCGGGGGUGGCCCUGGACGUCCCUUCGGAAGAGACCCCCGGAGCCUCGGCCUCGGAGCCCAGCCCGGUCCCGGCCCCUCCGCAAGACAAGGACUCCCACACCCAUCAUGCUGAGGAGGGCUCUGGGGCCGCCCCCCCGCCGGGAGCCCCCCUCUUCCACAGAGCAGGUCCUCCCGUGGCGGAAGACGUGGAAGGCCUGCGGAGGCGGAAGGGACGCGAGGGGCCCGAGGUGGCUGUUCCUGCCGCAGGAGGGGGCCGGGCCCCAGGUGCCCGAGAGGAUAGCGGGCAGGCCAUCUGGCUGUGCGGAUUCCUGGCUCUGCUGGGACUCGGCCUCCUGGUCGCCCUGGGGGUCAUCCUGGACAACGGGGACGGCACCGGGGAUCUCCUGACCACUGGGCCCGGCUCCGACCAAAGUGACCUCUAUGCUGGCGGCGAGGGGAAGGACGGGCCGGCCCCCGAGCCCCCCGGAGAGGCGGGACUUCCUGUGUCCCAGGAGGAGGGGCUUCCGCCGCACAUGGGGGGCCCCAGGGACCCCCCCAGCCUGGAGGCCAUGGGGGCCUUGCUGGACAAGAUGGCCAAGGAGAACCAGGACAUCCGGCUGAUGCAGGCCGAGCUCCAGGCCCAGAAGGAAGAGCUGCAGGCGCUUCUGCGCAAGACGGAGGGCGAGGCGCAGGCGUCCACUUGGCAGCAGCAGAGCCUGGCGGCCGAGAACGCCCGCCUGAAGGAAGCGCUGCGGCGGGAGUCCUCCUCGCUGCUGGCCGCCCGGGACGAGGUCCGGCUCCUCCGAGGGGCCCAGGCCGAAGCGGGUCCGGUGCCGGGCCCCCAACCCAAGCCGGAGCCCGCGGAAGGGGAAGCGCGCCGCCUGCGCUCCGUGCUGGAGUCUCUGGGGCACGACCUGGCCAAGGCUGCGCAAGGUGACCCGCGGCCCGAGCUGAGCGCGCUGCAGCGGAAGGUGUCCCGGGCCUUGGGAGGGGGGGCCCAAGAGGAGGGGCCCCUUCCCAAGGCCAAGCGGGGCAAGGAGAAGCGGGGCAAGGAGGCGGGCAGGAAGAAGCCCCCCCCGGGCAAGAAGGAGGGCAAGAAGACCCGGCCGCCCCCGCGGGAGCCCCCCGCCCUGUGGCAGGCGCUGGCCGCGCAGCCCUUCGGGGCCCCCCGGGGGUGCAGCGGGGUGGCCGAGUGCGCCCGCAAGGAGGGCCUGGCCCCGGUGCCCCAGGCGGCCUUCCUGCGGGCGGCCCAGGGCUUCCUCUCCGGGCGCGGGUGGGGGCGGCACCUGGCGGGGCUGGCGGGGGCCACGCAGGGCUUCUUCGGCUCCGACGGGCUCUUCGCCCACGACCGGCUCCGCUUCCGGGAGUUCCUGGACGAGGCCGAGGACGCCCUGGAGGAGCUGGCCCAAGCCCUCGGUGGGCACGAAGACCAGGCCGACGACUUCGAGGAGACCGUCCUGCGCCACCUGGGAAGAGUGACCCCGCGCAGCAGCGGCCAUCACCCACCGGGGAAGGAUCGUGGCCGCGAGGGGGCCGGGCGCAGAAACGGUCGGGAGAACACCAGCCGGGCCUUUGGCCAUCACUGAUUCAGAAUGGAUUGGGAGAAUGAGAGACUGCGCAAUGUCUUUGCAGAGGAAAGCAACCCUGCCCUGCGUCCACACUCCUAGCCACUUGGACCCUCCUCCGGCCACUCCUUCCCCAUUUCCUGCCUGAGUUUGUGCCCAGAAAACAAUAAAAAGCACCCAUGGAGUGGGAACCUGAGUGGGAGCCGCUCCCCACAAA